CUUCGAUCAGCUUCUUCUCUUAUUGCAACCUCCAGGCAACUUCCCACUGGCAGGCCCCGACUUCACCUCCACUGCUGAAUAUUUUUGUAUCCUCACCAUGGCCUGAGUAUUCCAUUUUUGAUUGAAUAUUAUCUUUGAUCCUCCGGUGCACUCCCGGCCCUUACCUCCCCUCACCCACACAUCACAAUCAUGGCGCCGGCAAGACCUAUACUGCUACGGUUCGAGAGCCGGAACGGCCAGUUCAGGUUAACGGUGAACCCGACAGACGAAUUCCCAUCCCUUCUGCCAAAGGUGCUGGAUAACCUUCCCAAGAAUACUGCUCCUCCAUCUGUUGUACUUUCGAACAAACCGAUAGGGACUGGAGGCCAGGAAAGAAAUAUCUCAACUCUGAAGGGGCUUACUAUCCAGCGGGUUGGACUAUCUCACGGAGACAAACUUUUCGUUGGUUAUGAAGAAGAGACCGCUGUGGUAAAUGGCAGCUCGAGUGACCAUCCAUCCUCUACCUCCCGACCACAGAACGGAUCACGUCGCCUAGACGGCGUUGCGGUGAGGCAACAAGAACCAGUUCCUCCUCCUGCUCAGGCGAUAACAUCUACGACGCUUAUUAAGACCCCGUGGGAGGUUGUUAAGCAGUCACCCCUCGAUGAUCGAUUGGAUGGAAAGGAUGGAAAAAUAAGUCGUGGCCUAGAUUACAAAAUGUGCAGGCAUGGACCAAAAGGCAUGUGCGAUUAUUGUAUGCCCUUGGAGCCAUAUGCACCUGAGUAUCUUGUGGAGAAGAAGAUAAAACACCUCUCAUUUCACUCAUAUCUCAGGAAAAUAAAUUCAUCUACAAAUAAGCCGGAGUUAAAGAGUUCCUAUAUUCCCCCUCUCACAGAACCCGACUACAGGGUGAAAAGAGACUGUCCAUCCGGCCAUCCCGCUUGGCCAGAGGGGAUCUGCACCAAGUGCCAACCAAGUGCGAUCACGCUGCAGCCCCAACCAUUUCGUAUGGUUGAUCACGUUGAGUUUUCUUCUCCUGACCUGAUUAAUUGUUUAUUGGACUUUUGGCGAAAAUCUGGAGCUCAACGACUUGGCUUUUUAUACGGAACUUAUGAGGAGUAUACCGAAGUUCCUCUUGGGAUAAAGGCUGUCGUCCAAGCAAUCUAUGAACCACCACAACUCGGUGAAAUAGAUGGUGUGACGCUUCACGAAUGGAGUAACGAAAAGGAUGUUGACGAAGUUGCCAAAUUAUGUGGAUUGGAGAAAAUUGGUGUCAUAUUCACAGACCUCAUGGACGCCAGAGCUGGGGAUGGUACAGUUAUUUGCAAACGGCAUAUUGACUCUUACUAUCUCUCUUCUCUGGAAAUUAUUUUUGCAGCACAACUGCAAGCCAGAUACCCAAAAGCAACAAAAUGGAGUGAAACGGGCCAGUUUGGAUCGAAUUUUGUCACUUGUGUGCUUAGCGGAGAUGAGGACGGUGCAAUUUCGAUUAGCGCAUACCAAGCAUCUAACUCCGCAGUUGAAAUGGUGAAAGCCGAUAUAAUUGAGCCCUCUGCAGAUCCCGGGGUUAUGCUUGUACAACAAGAAAACGAACCUGAUGAUGAUCUGAGCAAAGCUCGGUAUAUUCCCGAGGUAUUUUACCGCAGAGUCAACGAGUAUGGCGCCAAUGUCCAGGAAAAUGCGAAACCGAGUUUCCCUGUUGAAUACCUCCUUGUCACUCUAACCCAUGGGUUCCCAACUGACCCUGACGUUAUGUUCAACGAUUCGACUUUCCCAAUCGAAAACCGCGAGGUCAUUGGAGAGAGCCAGGAUUUGAGAACGCUCGCUAAUAAGCUGGUGUCGCACGGUGACCCUAACAAGGCGAUAUGUGCUGUAUCGGACUUCCAUCUCCUUUGCUUCCUCCAUGGGCUUGGAAUCUUAAAUAAGGACGAAGAAUCUCUUUUAUGUACCGUUGCCCGGACCCAUGAUCCCGCGGAUGGCAUGCAAUUAGUCAACACACCCGGCUGGGCCACCUUGGUUACAAUACUUCAGGAGAGCGCUUAGGAUAGCAUUUUCCCAAACCAUAUCCACCCUCUCGUGAUAGAAUUUCCUUGCUCUCGUUACGAAAAUCGGAUUUGCAGUUUAAAUACAAUAUGGUGCAUAUACGUUCACGAACCUUUGCCAACCCAUCUUUCUAUUUACCAUCCUACUUCGAGAUGCUUCGCUAGCACCGCGUCUACCUGCACCUCUAUCUCUUACUACUGGCAUAGCUUUCUCUUCACAGUCAUUCCUUUCAAACCCAACUAAAACCGCGCCUUGUCCUGAUAGCGAUGAAUGGAAGCGCAAGGAGAUUGGGGGUCAGAAUAGCCUGAAGCUAUGCACUCGGAACUUCUGUGGUUUUUAUUAAAAAAGAUAAACCGAACAUAGUCAGCUUGAGCAUCAUUGAAUAAUAGUAAAUGAUCAAUGUAAUGCUGAUGAGAAUUUGGAGCUUCCGUGAAUUUUAUCUCCGAUUACCCCUUUCCCUCUUGGAUUUAUCAUUUAUCAUUUAUCAUGGCAUUUUAGAGAUCGAGCAGGAUGACAUUUAUUUACACCAAUUAGCUCAAGACUUUAAUAUUUACAGUUUAGAUCCACUUGCCCAAACAUGCGCCUUGCUCGGGUUACGCAAUUGAAUAAAAAAAUAGAAAAGGAAAAAAAAGGAAAAAAAGGGAAAAAAGGAAAAAAAGAAAAAAAAGGAAAAAAAGAGAGAAAAGAAAAAAAGAAAAGAAAAGAAAAGAAA